GAUAACGGCUUUAGGGGAGUUUGGGAAGAGCGCACUCAGAUAUUAUGCUGCACCGAGGAGCGGCAGGGACACUGGCUGCAACGUGGAGCUGUUCGCUGUGCCAGGAAGACUAUUAGGAGAUGACAUGCCGCAGCUUUAGGUGAUAUUUUUAAUGAAGGCAGGUAUUUAUUCUAGUCAAAAGGCUUGUUUGUGCAUGCUGUCCGUCUGAAUUGGAUACCGAAAGGGAGCAACAAGUGGAGUUUGUGGCGUGGAGAGGCCGAAAUUUUUCACGGUCACCAGCUAUGGAAGAGCAGAAGGAGCCCAACAGCGGCCGGGACACGACCGAGGAGGAGAGCGUGUCCCUGUCGCCGAACCUGCCGUCCCCUGCUAUGAUUUUACCCCACCAGGCCGCCCAGCAGGCCCACAGAACCACGAACUUUUUCAUAGAUAACAUCCUCCGGCCGGACUUCGGCUGCAGAAAAGAGCCGAGCUACCGCGACCGGAGCCAGACGUCGGGUCGAGAAAACGUCAACCCGCUGGGCGCGAGGCCGCUGCACACCGGCAGCCUCUGCCUGGACUCCAACUGCAGCAGCGACAGCACCUCGUCGUCGCCUUCCUCGUCGUCGUCCACGUCCUCUUCCCCCUCGUCCAAGCAGAACUCGUCGAAACAGUGCGAAGCGACGAGCAACGGGACUGGCAGAUACGCAGACAGCCCCUCGUCAAUUAUGGUCAUGAGUGGCAGCAAUGCAGGGUCUCCGACCCCGGCGAAGGAGAGCCAGCCGCUGUUGUGGCCCGCUUGGGUUUACUGUACGCGGUACUCGGACCGGCCCUCAUCUGUUUCCACACCAGGCCCAAGGACACGGAAACUGAAAAAGAAAAAGAGCGGCAAGGAGGACAAGCGGCCCAGGACGGCGUUCACGGCCGAGCAGCUGCAGAGACUGAAAACCGAGUUCCAGGCCAACCGCUACAUAACGGAGCAGCGGAGACAGUCUCUGGCCCAGGAACUCAACCUGAACGAGUCCCAAAUUAAAAUCUGGUUCCAGAAUAAGAGGGCCAAGAUUAAAAAGGCCAGCGGCUACAAAAACGGCCUGGCCCUGCAGCUCAUGGCUCAAGGACUUUACAACCAUUCAACGACCACCGUGCAGGAGGAGAAGGAGGAGAGCGAGUGAGCGGCCCGGACUCUGAGCGCCGCGGGGCCGCUGCCGGACUCUUUUGGACAUAAUGAACUGGAAGAGGGGGAAACGCUAUUUAAAAACACAGAUUUCUGUUUAUGGUAACAGUAUAUGGACAUAGUUAUAUAAAUGAACGCUCGUUAUUAAAGUUUAUAUAGCCACACAGUUAUCCUGUUGUAUACGGUAUUUAAUUUCAGGCUCAUCUCUCAUGCGGUUCCUUUUCUGUCUGUUCUCGCUGUUUUUAGGAUUGGCUCUAUAGGUUCUUGUGGUCUCCUGUCCCCCCCCCUCCCCCCCACAUUUGCGCCAUAUUUCCCCUUCAACACAUCAGUCCGCAAACAAGCCAAAGAUUUUAAUAUGUUCACAUGUAGUCUGAAAUAAAAAAAGAGAGAGAGAGAGAGUUAAUGGGUUAAAUUAUUAUUUCCUAC